AUGUCUGACGACAAAUCCGCUCCCGUGCCGGCCGCCACCAUGAUGCCCCCGGCCAGCGAGGACAAGGCCCUCGAAGCCUCGGUCUCGCCCGUGCUGCGCGAGGCCACCGGCGAGUCCAACGUCUACCGCGUCGACCCCCGACCCAACAAGCGGGUGCGCUGGUACUCGUACCUGACCACGUACGACUUUUGGAUCGUGCUCGCCAUCGGCCAGCUCCUCGCCCUGUGCAUCACCGCCACCAACACCUUUAGCUCCUUCCUCGCCGAGAACGGGACCAACAUCCCCGCCUUCCAGGUCAUGUUCACCUACGUGCUCAUCAUCCUCGUCUACACCUCCAUCUGCCUCUACCACUACGGGCCCCGCAAGUACCUCCGCGUCGCCGGCCGCCACGGCUGGAAGUACCUCAUCUUCGCCUUCCUCGACGUCGAGGGCAACUACUUCACCGUCCUCGCCUACCGCUACACCAACCUGCUGUCCGCCCAGCUGCUCAACUUUUGGUCCAUUGUCUGCGUCGUCAUCAUCUCCUUUCGCCUCCUCGGCGUACGCUACAAGCUCUUCCAGAUCGUCGGCAUCCUCGUCUGCUGCGGCGGCAUGGGCAUCCUGCUCGCCUCCGACCACCUGCAGGGCAACAAUGGCGGCAAGGGCGUGAACCCCCUCAAGGGCGACCUCUUUGGCCUCCUCGGCGCCACCCUCUACGGCAUUUCCAACGUCUAUGAGGAGUGGCUCGUGAGCAAGCGGCCCAUGUACGAGGUCCUCUCCUUCCUCGGCAUCUUUGGCUUCUGCAUCCUCGGCGUCCAGGCCGCCAUCUUUGACCGUACCUCGGUCCAGGAGGCCGUGUGGACCGGGCCCGUCAUCGGCUACCUCGUCGGCUUCACUCUCUGCCUCAGCGUCUUUUAUACCCUCGUCCCCUUUAUCCUCCGCAUGGCUUCGGCCGCCUUCUUCGACAUCUCCCUCCUCACCGCCAACUUUUGGGGCGUCAUCAUCGGCAUCCGCGUCUUUGGCUACGUCAUCCACUUCCUCUACCCCGUCGCUUUCGUCCUCAUCAUUGCCGGUCUCAUCACCUACUUCCUCGCCGGAAACGUCCUCGGCGAUUCCAAGAAGCCUUGGCUCGGCGAGAACCAGGAAGGUGGUGUGGUCGGUUUCGGCACCGCCAAGCUCAAGGCCCUCAACGCCGCGAAGAAGGCUCAGGCUGAAGAGGGUGAAAACAUAGCGUAA